AUGAGCGGGGCCCAGACCUUAUCGAGGACGAACCCAACCACGCCGAAUCCGAGUUCCUCUCAAGCCAACGCGAUGAGCGGUGCCCAGGUUUCAUCGAGUACGAGCCCAACUCCGCCGAAUCCUGGGAGUUCCUCUCAAACCAUCACGAUGAGCGGGACCCAGGUUUCAUCAAGUACGAGCCCAACUCCGCCGAAUCCUGGGAGUUCCUCUCAAGCCAACAUGAUGAGCGGGACCCAGGUUUCAUCGAGUACGGUCCCAACCGCGCCGAAUCCUGGGAGUUCCUCUCAAACAAACCCGAGCCAGGUACACAUUAAGGCCCGGAAAAUGUCAGCGCGCGAUGCGGUUCUGCAAAACCUUUUCAACGUGGAAAAGAACGACGCCUUCUUCCCCGGCAUAAGCGCGUUUGCAACCGAUCUACAGACAAGGUCCGUCGAUGAGAUAAGGGAACUCGACAAUGAUACCUGGCGAUGCUUCAAUAUGCGAUCCCCGUUGAACGCCGACGAAUUUUGGGGCUGGUGCAACGACGUUAUUAUCGCUUUCAAGGAGGAGCGUGGGACCGGCGACAACCAAAAUCGGAAUCCAGCCAUUUCAGCGGUGCUCUCUAGGCUCUUAGCGUCGAAAGGAGGGUCACUGGACGGCAUGGAACCCCGACUGAGAGGUUUGGCCACUAGAGCAAUGAUGAUGACGCUUGGUUGGAUCUCGACGGCGACUAUGCCGGUGGCGCAGCCUGACACGCCAGAUGACCGCGAGAUAGAUGAGGGGAAAGGGGAUGUCUCUCUGGUGUUUGACAAAAGUUACAACCCCGCCACUUGGAUUGGUUCCUGGAAGGAUCCCCAGGACCCCCAGGACCCCCAGGACCACCAUGUCAAGGAGCCCUUCAACUACUUCCGAAACAAUCUAGGUGAUCUUGCCCUCCACUCACCGGUCGAGGCCGGCUUUGGCCCCUACCAGACGGGACAAGACGGCGAUGAUGCUGGCACUGUCAAUGACGAACUAUUGCACGAAAAUCGCAUGACGUAUGAUUCAUUGCAGAGGUUUGGCGCAAUUUCACUCAAGUGGGUGUCAACACUGGUAGAGCAUCUGCAUUUCAACCCAGAGCGACGCGAGCUUUCUGUGUUCCAAUUUCCUUCGGUCUGCGCGAUCAGAAUACAAAACAAACAAAGUUUUCCCCUUGACGCAAACAUCACCAACUGGGUCUUGACCCGCAACCCUUCCCCUGCGGAGGACCUGGUGGAGGACCAUGUUGAGGUGUACCAAGAGGUGCUCCUCUCCUAUCGUCUCCUGUUCGGGCAAACUGCCAAGUCGCGGUCUUUGCUAAAAGAAGCGCUGAAGAAAGUGGAGGGAAACAUCCGUGAUCCUUUUUUAAAGGAUUGCGUGGCCGCCCUCCCAAAGGGACGCCCCUGGGAUUUUGUAUGGACGGCGCAGGAGCAACCUCUGGACAGCAACCUCUUCCCUAAGGCUGUUCAGGGCGCUGACGGCUGUAUUAGGGACUGGAAUACAUAUCCAGCACGGGAUAACUUCCCUAUUUUUGGCGAGCAGCUUCUGUUGCUGCAAAAAUUCGCAGAUAGGCAUCCGCCUAUGGGGUUCUGGGACUAUGUGCAAGAUCGCAGAUACCCCAAGGAGCACUUCCAGUCCCAGGUAGCGCUAUUCUUUGGGCUGUUCACCCUCUUCUUCGCUGCCCCACAAACAGUCGCAACAAUCUGGUCGCUCGUCAAGCAGUACGAAGGUUGA